CCAGAACUCAACCGGUCGCGCUUCCUUCUUCACCCUCAGUCCUCUUCCGUCCUCCUCCUGUCCACCGCCCCGUGCAGUUCGGCGGCGACAUGGCGGCGGCCGGCGACCUGUCCGACGAUGAGAAGCGGGCGAUGAGGGGCAGCAAGUUCGCGCCGCUUCCUCCGCCUCCUCCCUCUUCCCGCCCCCAGCCGAGGAUGGCCCAUCCUGGAGGAGCACUAACCACAAACAAGGCUGCUGCUUUAGCAAAAUUCCUCGAGAGAAAACUUCAGCAACCUGAUGGCUUGGACUCCCUGGACCCUGACCUUGUAAAACUGGCUGUGAAAAAUGCAAAGGAAACCAUAAAAGCUAGCAAUGGUGAGCCUUCAACUUCAGGAAGAGUAGUACGACAUGUUUCCUCAUUUGUGGAUGGAACUGAGGAUUCUGAAGAUGAAGCAGAGGUUAAGGGGAUCAAAAGAAAAAGGAAAAAUAAGAAGGUUAAAACUCAUCAAGGUGACAAACAACAGAGCAAGAAAAAGAAGAAAAAUAAAAAGAAAAAGGGCAAAGGUCUUUGAUGAUUCCAUGCCCCCAGGAAGCGUCAAAGAGGGGAAGUUUUAAGCUGUGGAUGACUGUUUAACCAAAAAAUGUACUAGGAUGCUACUACAAGCAGACAAGCCUCGAUCUCAAAAGAAGGGUGGGUGGUUGGAGGAGGGAGGGGGGGGGGGGGGGGGGGGGAAGGGCAUCAAUCAAUCCCCCUUCCCUUUUUGUUUUUGUUCCUGCCAUUCACAUUACUGGUUUGAUCUGGACCCCCUUCCCCUUGGCUGGCACUGUAAAACUUACUCGGCCUAUCGCAUGAGCACUGAAAGUUUCGUUACUCUGCC